AUGAAUGUUUUUAGAUGUCAAGUAUACAAGUUUAGAUAUUCCUCCUUUUUCGGGAUUUUUGUCAUCUCCACUACAGCCUUCGUAUUCGCUGCUUGCCUGUUAUUUUAUUGGCAAAACAACAAUCCUGGUAGUAGAAGGUCACUUCAUGGCUUUAAUGUCUUAAUUACUGGUGGAUCGAGCGGAAUCGGUCUAUCUCUGGCUAAGCUGUUUUACGGAGCUGGUGCUAAUGUAACAAUCGUCGCUCGAGACCUGAAGAAACUUGAGUCUGCACGGGAAAUUAUAAAAUGUGGAGAAGAUAGAAAUAACAAUGUCUUUAUUUUGUCAGUUGAUUUGACUUCAGAGUAUAGUGUUUUGAAUGAAAUCUUCAGUGAACAUGUGGCUACUCUUGGAUCUGUUGAUAUUUUAGUGAAUUGUGCUGGCUAUGCUGUUGCGCGCAAGUUUUUGGAUACUCCCACUGAUGAUAUCCAGGGAAUGUUACAUCUGAAUUACUUAUCUGCUGUUCAUGUGACGAAAAUUUUAUUACCUUACAUGUUAGAUCAGAAAGUUCACCAGACUCAUGAACGACGCAUUGCCUUCAUUUGUAGUCUUGCCAGUCAAGUGGGUGUAUAUGGUUAUGCAGCGUACACGGGUAGUAAAUAUGCUUUACGUGGUUUCGCGGAGACAUUGGAAAUGGAGUUAGGAUAUAAAGGCCCAUUUGUAACAAUCGCUUUCCCACCAGAUACAGACACUCCCGGAUACAUUCGUGAAAAUGUUGGUAAACCAGUUGUAACUAAGACGAUAUCUGCUACUGCAGGGCUAGCGUCACCGGAUGAUGUGGCCAAGUCUGUAUAUUUGGAUAUAAUGAAUGGAAAAUUGGUUAGUAUAUGUGGACUAGAGGGAGUAUUUCUUUCUUGGAUAACUGCUGGGAUAUUUCCUCCUGUUGCCGAAUAUUAUCCUUACUAUUUUCCAGUCAUCGGUAAAACUUAUUUCCCUAAGUGA